UCCCGUCUAGCCUCCUUCCUCUUCCUCGGUCUCCGGCCUUUCCCCCUCCUCGCCGCCCCCCCCCCCCGCCAUGGCGCAGCAGCAGGUGAGCAGCUCCCAGAAGGCGCUGAUGCUGGAGCUGAAGGGGCUGCAGGAGGAGCCGGUGGAGGGCUUCCGCAUCACCUUGGUCGACGAGUCCGACCUGUACAACUGGGAGGUAGCCAUCUUCGGGCCGCCCAACACGCUCUACGAGGGCGGCUACUUCAAGGCUCAUAUUAAAUUUCCUAUAGAUUACCCGUAUUCACCACCUACCUUCAGAUUUCUGACCAAAAUGUGGCACCCGAACAUUUACGAGAAUGGGGAUGUAUGUAUUUCAAUUCUUCACCCACCUGUAGAUGAUCCUCAAAGUGGAGAACUGCCGUCGGAAAGGUGGAACCCCACCCAGAAUGUCAGGACUAUCCUACUGAGCGUAAUCUCCUUGCUUAAUGAGCCCAACACAUUCUCUCCGGCAAACGUGGACGCCUCCGUUAUGUUCAGGAAAUGGAGAGACAGCAAAGGGAAAGACAAAGAAUAUGCGGAAAUCAUCCGGAAACAAGUGCAGGCCACCAAGGCAGAGGCGGAGAAGGACGGUGUGAAGGUGCCCACCACGCUGGCCGAGUACUGCAUCAAAACUAAAGUGCCUUCCAACGACAACAGCUCCGACUUGCUUUACGACGACCUGUACGACGACGACAUCGAUGACGAAGACGAGGAGGAGGAGGAAGAGGAAGACGCCGAUUGUUACGACGACGAUGAUUCUGGCAACGAGGAGUCGUGACCUGUCCCCUUCUGGCCCUCCUUCCCUCCCUUCCACACCCGCCCAGCCUCCCAAUCAUACCGCCCCGCCAGUUUUGCCAGAGGGGGACGCAGCGGUAACGCCAAGGACCGUUCAGCAAAAAAGAAAAAAGAAAAAAAGAGAGAUAUACCUACAAAAGGGGCAGGCGGGUGGGGCGAAAAAGACCCCCAACCAAAACGUUGCAUUUCUGCUUUUCUCCUCGGACGGAUUCUCGAUUCCGUCAGUCCUCCCCCCCCCCCACCUGCGCCCCCCCCCACUCCAUCACACUUUUCUGGUCCUUUUUUGGCCUCGUAGCGAGAAAGACCUGCGCAGAUGAUCUUGGAUCGCACUUCCUUUUCCCGUCCCAUCACUGUGUUUUUGAUUUCCCUCCUUCCUCUCCCCCUCCUUUUUUUGUUUUUAAAAAAAGACAAUACCCCCCCCCCCCCCCCCCGCCUCUCCCCCACCCCACCGCCCCCUCCCUUCCUGCCCCUCUUCUGGAGAGUUCACAGUACAACAAAACAGGCUCGCUCUGUGUUUAGGUUCUCGAAUUAAACCCAGUCUUUCAUCAAGAGGUUUCGAUGUAUUUUAACGGCCGGCCGGAGACCAUGGAAGGGGGAGAGGAAAACGACACUCUUCCCCCACUGGCCUGCGUGGAGACCCCCCCCUCCUUUCUUUCUGGGGCCUUCUUCGCUGCUCUCCUCGUGUGCGCACUUGUUUAGCCUUGUGGUGGUUGGUGCCGGUGGUGGUUUUUUCUCCUUUUUUUUUUGUUGUUAUUUUUUUUUUCUUUCCCCCCCCCCCAAGGCGGAGGGUGAAAAGCUUCUGUGGUGUUUUGGUUUGUUUUUUUUUGAACUGGGCCGCCGCCGGACCUGGUGCCGAGAAAAGGCCCCGCUGUUCCAGUUUCAAGUUUGCUAAGCUCACGGUCGGGAUAAGGGAGGCGGGUGGGGUGGGAUUAGCAGCUUGGCGAGGAGGGACAAAAACCUCCGAGGCAGAUCGAAGGGGGAGGGGGGGGGUAAGAAAUCGUCCGAGUGGGAGAAGCGGUUUUCUUGUGAUAUGAAUCUUCCAAUAAACACGUCGAAACGCGCUCCGUUUUCUGUCCCGAGUUGCAGUGGUUGCAUCUGGAGAACGGCUGCCCUUUCUCCCCGUUUGCAGAGAGCAGUGUCAUCAAAAACGGAUGGGAUCUGGAAUGUGGCUUCUCUCCGGGAAACCCAGCGGCUUUCUGCAUCCGGAGGUUUGCAAAUGACGCCUUGCCGCGGACGGGUCUUUUCUUCGGAAGAAGCGUGCAGUCCUGGGGCUGGAGAGAGAAAAGAGCGGUUGCCCCGAAAUAUUGCUUUAAACCGAGGCUCUCUCCAAGCUUGGUAACUUUGAAGGCUUGUGGACUUCCAACUCCCAGAAUUAGCUGGCUGAGGGAUUCUGGGAGUUGAAGUCCACAAGUCUUCAAGAUGCCAAGCUUGGACAGAGCCCUGUCUCAGACCACACCAAUGGUGGAGGGCGGAAAAAAUAAAUAAAAGACUUGUCGAAAAGGAAACAAGGAUCGCAGGUUGAAAAUUCCCGGAGAGCCAUUAGAAAACGGGGAGCCGGCGGGGGGAGUCUUUGGGGUGCAUUGCUUGUAUUCCUUUUUGGGCAGAAACCCGAUGCCGUCGGAGCGAUAGCUUCUUGGCAAUUCCAUCAGCACCAACUGUCCAGGUGAAGGGUUCCCCAAAAGAGGAUCGAAGUGCUUUGAGGAGGCUCCGUGACGGUCUCAAGGGAAAUCAACCAAGAUCCGAUGAGUGUUUCUAGGGUUCCCCACCCCUUGUAUUAAAACCCCUCUUCCUUUCCCCCAUGCAUCAAAUUGCAGGAAAAGCGAGACCGCUGGGAUGAUCCCAGGUGCCCAUCGAGAAAUUUCGCUUCUUCAAAACGGUGGCUUUGCCUUCCACGCACCCUGUUUCUGAGCCUGGCCCUUGGGGGCCUCGGGAUCCCAGCUGGGAAGGGCCCACUGGGACCCACAUUGACCCAGAGCUGCCGUUGGGUCUUCUUGGGUUGGACGGCAUUUCCGAACAAAGGUGGUUCCUUGAAUGCUGAGCCCUUCGAUUUUGUCUUCUGGUCCCCUGGUGGAAAGAAGGGGUAACUGUGGAUGGGUUGUCUCCCUAUUGGACAAGGAGGUCUGUUCAGAAGAACCCCAGUUUGGGGGG